AUACCCACAACAACAUCAACACCCACAACAACAUUAAUACCCACAACAACAUCAAUACCCACAACAUCAACACCCACAACAACAUCAAUACCAACAACAACAUCAAUACCAACAACAACAUCUAUACCAACAACAACAUCAAUAUCCACAACAACAUCAAUACCCACAACAACAUCAACAACCACAACAACAUCAAUACCCACAACAACAUCAAUACCCACAACAACAUCAAUACCCACAACAACAUCUAUACCAACAACAACAUCAAUAUCCACAACAACAUCAAUACCCACAGCAACAUCAAUACCUACAACAACAUCAAUACCCACAACAACAAAAAUACCCACAACAACAUCAAUACCCACAACAACAUCAAUACCCACAACAACAUCAAUACCCACAACAACAUCAAUACCCACAGCAACAACAAUACCCACAACAACAUCAAUACACACAACAACAUCAACACCAACAACAUCCAUUCCCACAACAACAUCCAUUCCCACAACAACAUCAAUACCCACAACAACAUCAAUACCCACAACAACAUCAACACUCACAACAUCAAUACCAACAACAACACCCACAACAACAUCAAUCCCCACAACAACAUCAAUACCCACAACAACAUCUAUACCCACAACAACAUCAAUACCCAAAACAUCAAUACCCACAACAUCAACACCCACAACAUCAGUACCCAAAACAUCAACACCCACAACAACAUCAAUACCCACAACAACAUCUAUACCCACAACAACAUCUAUACCCACAACAACAUCAAUACCCACAACAACAUCUAUGCCCACAACAACAUCAAUACCCACAACAACAUCAAUACCCACAACAACAUCAACACCCACAUCAAUACCCACAACAACAUCUAUACCCACAACAACAUCAAUACCCAAAACAUCAAUACCCACAACAUCAACACCCACAACAUCAGUACCCAAAACAUCAACACCCACAACAACAUCAAUACCCACAACAACAUCUAUACCCACAACAACAUCUAUACCCACAACAACAUCAAUACCCACAACAACAUCUAUGCCCACAACAACAUCUAUACCCACAACAACAUCAAUACCCACAACAACAUCAAUACCCACAACAACAUCAACACCCACAACAACAUCGAUUCCCACAACAACAUUAAUACCCACAACAACAUCAACACCCACAACAUCAGUACCCAAAACAUCAACACCCACAACAACAUCAAUACCCACAACAACAUCAAUACCCACAACAACAUCAAUACCCACAACAACAUCUAUACCCACAACAACAUCAGUACCCACAACAACAUCAACACCCACAACAACAUCAUUACCAACAACAACAUCAAUACCCACAACAACAUCAAUACCAACAACAACAUCAAUACCAACAACAACAUCAAUACCCACAACAUCUAUAACCACAACAACAUCAAUACCAAAAACAUCAAUACCCACAACAGCAUCAAUACCCACAACAACAUCUAUACCCACAACAUCAAUACCCACAACAACAUCUAUACCCACAACAACAUCAAUACCAACAACAUCAAUACCCACAACAACAUCAACACCCACAACAACCUCAAUACCCACGACAACAUCAACACUCACAACAACAUCUAUACCCACAACAACAUCAAUACCCACAACAACAUCAAUACCCACAACAUCAAUACCCACAACAACAUCAAUACCAACAACAACAUCUAUACCCAUAACAACAUCAAUACCAACAACAACAUCAAUACCCACAACAACAUCAAUACCCACAACGACAUCAAUACCCACAACAACAUCAACACCCACAACAACCUCAAUACUCACGACAACAUCAACACCCACAACAACAUCAAUGCCCACAACAACAACACCCACAAAAACAUCAACACCCACAACAUCAAUACCCACAACAACAUCUAUACCCACAGCAACAUCAAUACCAACAACAUCAAUACCCACAACAACAUCAACACCCACAACAACCUCAAUACCCACCACAACAUCAAUACUCACAACAACAUCUAUACCCACAACAACAUCU